CUGCAUAAAAUGAUUUUGUGUUGCUCCCCCACAUAACUUGCAUUACAUGAGGGGUUUUCAUGCCUUGCUAGCUCUCAGACCUUGAGAGGCAGAAUUGACCCUCCCUUUCUUUUAAUGCGGUCUGAAAAAGUACGAAUUUCACAGAAAAAUUUAGCCUGGCCUAACUCCAAGUACAGUUAUGACUACUUCCUAUUGAAUGGUAUAAAUAAGUCCUAAGUUUCAGUAGGAAUGAAUCACGACUAACUUUAGCUGGAUUGAGGCCUGUGUAUAGGUAGGGACUUGCCAGCAUGCAGGUAGACCCCAAGUGGAGUGAGGGCUGUGUGCGCAAGGCCUGGCUCCAAAUGUCCCAGCACCGCAAAUGCCUCAGGGAUCUUCCCAUGUUUAGUGUGAAGGACUGAAGAUGGUGGAGGGAAAUGGUGAUAAGGCCGGGCUCCCAUUCACAGGAGCUUUGUAAAUGUGUUCAGCUGGACUUACUUACAAAGCCUUCCUCAGCCCUAAUGCAAAAGAUCUUAAAGGCAGCUGGGUAUGUAUGGACAUUAGAGAGCACUCUUUGUAUACCUGCCUCCGUAUGCCCGUUUCUGCUCUAGCUUUACAUAGGGCUCCCCUUUGUUUCCAGUAGAGCUAGUCUAUUCAUACAGGACCAAUAUCAAAGGCAGGCCUAGCCAGAUACCUGCUGAGGGCCUACUUCCUAGCAGGGAAAACUGGCAAAGAGUAUCCUAGAAGCCCACCUUCCUGUUCAGUUCCUCAGGCUCAGGCAAUGGUGGUGGUGGUGGUGGUGAGGAGGAACACCACCAGCAAGUGGUAGCUGGGAUGGGAGACGGGAUGAGGAGCAAGCGCUGUUGGAGACAAUGGCUAGACCUGCCUCAGGAGUGGACUGACUGAGGGUGCCUUGCUGCAGGGUCUCAAAACUUGAAUCCUGGCACACUGCAUGUGCGUUUUAGCAGAAUAGCUGCUGCUGUUUUCAGCAAGUGGAAGGAGAUAGCCGCUUCCCUAUAAAGCCAUGUCACCUGUCCCAGCCUGUCGCUGCUGCUCGGUGCACUCCCAACUGGGUGCUGUUCCUGUCACUCAGCAGGAAUACAGUUCAGUCCCUGCGAGAGCUUUCUUGAAUGUUCUCUAUCUCUCUUUAAGCAGCGGGGCGCGCUGAAUGGCUUAUGCAUGUUCAGCUUAUGUGACCAUUCACAUUCAAAGCUUGUAAAGGCCAAUCUGUUGAAACAGAUUGAUUGGGUAGUUUUGUCAGAUGAUUCAGUGCCUAAGGAGUUUCUUACAUAUUUGAGGCACAAAUAGAUCAUCUGAAUACAUCUUUAUUUUUCAGGUGACUUUUCUGCCUUACGGAUUUCGUAGAGACCAGCCUGAAGUGUGAGCUUUGACAUCGUUGCAGAAUAAAGAUGUUGGCCUUGAACUGGAAGGCAUUGGAAAACUUUCCACUGCUGAUGUACAUUUUAGCAGCUAAAACAUUAAUUCUUUGCUUAGCAUUUGCUGGAGUUAAAGUGUACCAGAGGAAAAAGCUUGAAGAAAAAAUGAGAAAGGAACAGGAGGAGAAGCAGAAAAGGAAAGACGAGAAGAAGGAAAACUGAGAUGUUUAAUAGAUUUUUAGCCAAUUGGCAGCUUACUUGGAUUCCUUUCCUGGGUGAAUUGAAGACUUCAUUGAAACUGAACAUUGCCAGAGAAAUGAAUUCCACAAUAGCAACAUUUACUUAAGCAAUGUGUUGAACUUUUUGUUUUUGUAUAUGUAAUCAGAAUAUUUUUGUCACCUGUUCAUAUAGUAAAAGCUCUCUUUGUAAAUCUGAGUUUACCAUUUUAUUGGAAAUUUUAUGUACUGAGUGCUUGUGAUGAUAGAGGCAGCCAAAAUUUCUCUUGUGCUAGCAUCUUGUAAUUAAAUGGAUCAUUUGUUUCCUUUCAAGUCA